AUGCAGUUCCGAGGCAAUAUGCAGUCGUUAGUCCUCCUUCUCAUCGGAGCCAUGAUUACCCAGGUCUCGGCUAUGAAUCUGGGAGGCCGGCCUUCGACGCUCUCAGGUUGUGGCAAUGAAAGCCUUGCGCUUGGGGAGGAUUGUGCAGAGGGAUCAAACGUCAAACGAUCUAUCACGGACGUCAGCCAGUAUCGUCCUCCAGAGGUAGAAGCGAUCCAAUGGAUUAAGAAGUGGACUGUUCCAAACACCCGCACGGCAAGCGGCAAUAAAUGGUCAACCACAUCUCUACCAUCCGCUCUCACAGUAUGGAAUGGAUAUGAUUCGAAGAUAGCCCCGGCCGCGUGGGCUGCCGCAAUUGUCACUAGACGGUCCUUAAGCCAAGGGAUAUUUCGCCUAGGUCUUGCCAAGUCCUGGCUCAAUGGAAUGUGGGGCGUGCAGCAGAACGGUGUCAAAACUGCUACAGACCUUGCGGCUCGAGCUGAGAACAUCUAUCAACAUGUCCAUCCUUCAGAGUCUUCGUACCAGGCUGUGCUCAAAAACACUCUAAUCGUUUCCGGGUUCCCUGCCAGAUCAAGCGUUUACAAGAAUGUGAUGCGCUGUAUAGUUACGGGUCAGGGGAAGUUUGUGCCAGCUAAUCAGCUAUCAUCUGACUGUGCAGGUCUAGUUAGCACGUGGUUAACCAGAAACCACCUCGUGGGAUUGACACUCGCUAUUAAUGUCAAGUCGGAUUGGCUUUCCAAGAACCUCGCUGAGGACAUCAAGCCUGCUACAAAGAGCAACGUAAUAAAAUGA